AUGCAGAUCACCAACUAUCUCCUCGCCGCCAUGGCUGCUGGCACUGCAGUCUCCGGCUCCCCCAUCACGAAGCGUGAGGUCAAGUCUAUGAUGGCUGCUGGUGCCGCUGAAUGGACCAUUGAAACCUUCACCCGUACCUGCAAUGCCGAGGAUACCUCAUGCGACUACAGCUUCAAUAUCAACACCCACACUGCAGACCCCACCUCCUGCAAGUUCACAACUACCGGCGCACCUGCAAGCCGUGCUGCCUCAAACGCCAAAUGCGGAGCUUUCACUGUUACCUCCGGCUGGAGCGGACAGUUCGGCCCGGAUGCGGGAUUCACCACCUUCUCUGUCACGGACCAGAAGCUUAUUGUUUGGCCCGCUUACACCGACAAGCAGCUGGUCAACGGCCAGGUGGUAAACCCCGACCAAAGCUACGCUCCCCAAAACUUGCCUUAA